AUGACGCCAACGUUCACCCUCCUGUUACCCGUGACAUCCGAGUCCAAGCCGCGUGACAAGCACGCGUGCGAGCUGCCCUACCUCCCCGGGCGGGUGGAGGUGCUCGACGUCAACCACGUGCUGUUUGACGACCCGCCCGCGUCCAAGAUGAGCGCGUUCAAGAACGUCCGCACUGUGCGACGAUUCGACCUGUUCGGGUUUGGGGCGAGCACGAAGGACUUCGUCCCGCAGGCGACGACGACGGUCGACUUUCUCGACCUGGACAAGAUCAUGCCCCGCGGCCGUAACGACUCGGGGAAACGCGCGCUACAGGUGCCACCCAAUACAGAGCGGUACGUUCUGCAUGUGGCAUGGGAUCAGGCAGACACGCAACCUUGGAGUGACCUCCGGUUCUGUGGGCACGCCAAGCUGGGCGGAAACAAGGAGCCGGUCGUCCAUCACCACUGUCCCGGCUUCCUCCUGAACCUCUUCGAGAAGAUCACCCCCACCGUAAAGAAUGGGAGCAAGUUCACCGUCGUUGGCGCCGAGGCCGCUGCGACAGGGCAAUUUGCCAAGCCGGCCGGCUCAAAGCGCGGGGAGGACACGACCGCGGCGCUCAAGCAUCAUCUUCACACGUACUGGAAGGCCAAGGUCCCCUCCGAUGCGGUGCGGUUCAAGCUCGACGACGCGACGAGGUUCCUCACGAGGGAGGAGUUCUGCGCCGAGCUGGGCAAGCGUGAAGAGAUCGAGGGCGUGUGGCCGCCGCAGCGGUUGUACAUCUGCGGGACAUGCGGCAAGCCCGAUCCGUUCCUGUAUGGCCAGUUUGCGUGCGGCCGGCCGGAGGACACCGACGACGGCAUGAGUGCCGAGGACGGCACAUUUGGGCUGGAGAGCAGUGACGGGGAGCUGGAGCCGCCGUCGAGCCCGCUCGUCGGGUUAUACACUGACGCCGAGUUCGAGGCGCACAACAACAAGCGACGGCGGCGACGGCGGUGGCGAUAA